UUGAGUGCAAAAAGUGCAAGCAACACGGACAGAUUAUUCGUGACUCGUGACCAGUUUCGCACGGUUCCUCGACCGCGAAUCUUAAUAAGGCGCGUAAAAAGAAAAGAGAGAGGAGAGAGAGAGAGAGAAAAAGGAAGGAUGGCAAUAGCAUCGAAACGACUGUGAGUCGGCGAGAUAAUUGUGAGAUUUGUGAGCCGGAAAGUGAAACAGAACGAGCAAAAGGAAUGUGUGCCGUGAUGCUGCCGAUUUCGCUGAUGCUGAUCACACGCUGGUCUUUGUCGUCGUCAUCGUGAGUGAUAAUAUCCGUGUGUUAAAAUUGCAAUGCAAUCCAUCUACUGGACUGGACGAUUGCUAUCGCGCGCGCUCUGGAACGGCAUCGCGAGCUACAGCUCUGCAUGCAGUAGCGAGCAACAGUCAAGCACGGCUAUCGUGAGCAGCAGGCGCCACGAGGCCUCGCUUGUCUCCGCCGUGUGCGGUUUUCCGAAGGACUUUGCCCGUAGUCGGAUACGCAGAGGCCAGUUUGGCGACGAUGCCUGGUUUACUGCUAGAUUCAAGACAGCCGAAGUCAUAGGUGUGGCUGAUGGUGUAGGGGGAUGGCGACACUAUGGAAUCGAUCCAGGAGAGUUUUCUAAUUUCCUAAUGAGAACGUGUGAAAGGCUGGUCUCCAUGGGUAGAUUUACACCUACAGAACCAGCUGGUUUAUUAGCACGUAGUUAUUAUGAAUUGUUAGAAAAUAAACAACCAAUAUUAGGUAGCAGUACCGCAUGUGUAAUAAUUCUCAAUAAAGAAACGAGCAGCAUUUAUGCAGCCAAUAUAGGAGACAGCGGUUUUGUAGUCGUACGAAGGGGAGAAGUAGUACAUCGGUCCUCAGAGCAACAACAUUAUUUCAAUACUCCUUUCCAAUUGUCAUUGCCACCUCCAGGACACUCUGAUCUAGUACUUCGCGACAGUCCAGAAUCCGCCGACACUUCGAGUUUUGGUGUCGAGGACGGCGAUGUGAUCCUUCUGGCAACCGAUGGGGUAUUCGACAAUGUGCCUGACCAGUUGCUAGUCACCGAGAUGCGUAAAAUUGAGGGCGAGAGAGAUCCAACGAAAAUACAGUGUGUCGCUAACACGAUAGCGUGGAUGGCGCGUCGUUUGGCUUUUGAUGGCGCCUUUAUGUCUCCGUUUGCUCAAAAUGCCCGUGAGAAUGGGAUCGAUGCAAUAGGUGGUAAACCGGAUGAUAUUACGGUGCUUUUAGCAACAGUGGCGAUAUGAUAAAAACAAUAAGAAACAAGUGUACAAUAGAGCCCUGAUGAUCAUUGUAUUAUAGUCCAUGUCAUUGCGUAUAUGUAUUUAGUUAUACAUCAUUAUAUUAAUCCUAUUAUGCUAAUCAUUUAUUAUUUAAAUCGAAAUAAAUGGUUUUGUAAAAUCAUUUCUUAUAUUACUCAUUAUUAUUUUCUUUACAGCUCUUUGAUAAUUAUUAACGUGUACUCUUUGGCGAUUGCGGAUGUACUUGUUGAUUCACUCCUUCAGCAUUUGAAGUGCCAUAUAUCAUACAUUUCAAUAAAUUUGUCUUUAGAUAUAAAAAACAUUUACAUUUAGAAAUAAAAAAAAUAUUUUGAGACUAGAUUGAUCAAGAUUAACGGAACUGUUACGUUAUAUGUAUAGUCUUUACACACACUUAACAAGAUACUGAAAGAGU